GCGUAGACCAGUCAUUCUCUGGACCGCCAUGGCACAGGUUGUUAGCAUGCUCCUCAUGUCAUUCUCCUGGAACUACAUAUUUUUUGUAUGUUGUAUAUUUGUAUCCGGAGUCGCAUCAAUUAUGAACUAUGUUCCCUCCUUUACAUUGAUGGCUGAAAUGUCUGGGAUUGAAUGGAGAAAUUUCUUGUCAAUUGGGAGUUGGUUCACAUACUCCUGUGGUUAUAUCUUUGCUGCUGGAUUUGCAUAUUUCUUUCAAACCUGGAGAUGGCUUCUCAGAGUGAUUUCGAUAUUCAGUUUACUGAUUUAUCUGCCUUCGUUUUGUUUGUUGCCUGAAUCGGCUCGUUGGCUACUGACUAAAGGAAAACGAGAUGAAGCGAACAAAGAACUCAUGAAGAUAGGGGCAUUGAAUAAUAAACUAUGUGAUAUCCAAACCAUGCUGAAAGAAAAUCCUAUCGAAAUAGAUGAAGAAAAGUCAACAGGAUUGUGGAAGUCACUAAAAGUUAUGUUCAGGAAAGAAAUCAGGACGAGAUGCUUGGUAGCGUGUUUUUCGUGGUUUGUGGCAUGCUUUGCGUACUUUGCAAUCGCCCUGUAUUCAUCAUAUUUCAGCCAAAAUAUCAUAUUGAAUUGCUUAUUUUCUGGACUUUCUGAUUUCCCUGGUUUGGCUAUGGCUUACUUUCUUGUCAAAUAUAUUGGACGUCCCAGAUCAAUCCUAGUCUCAAUGCUAAUCAGUGGAGUGUCGAGCUUUUCCCUGCCGUUUAUACCAAGUGAUUUGCAUGUCUGGAAAACAGUAGCAGCCAUGUUUGGGAAACUUGCAGUUUGUGGAAUGUUUUAUAUAGUUUACAUUACGACGGCAGAAAUUGCUCCAACUCCACAAAGAGCAACAAUAAUGAGCUUUGCUUCGACAUGUGACGUUAGAGGAUUAACUGCACCUUUUCUUUAUGUAUGCAAGUGA